AUGGCUCAUAUGGCUUCUGUUACUACCCACGUCCAAUCUCCCUGGCCUGGGUCUGAUUUCAAGCGCCCUAAAAUAGAUUUGCUGCCAACCCCACGAAUUCAGCUUCAUGAUAUCCGCCAAAAGACAGAUGACAAAGGGCUAGUUCCUCAAAUUGUAGCUGGACUCAGGUCUGAGGAAAAGGAGUUGCCGCCUCUACUUCUUUGGAACAGACAUGGCUUGGAGCUUUUUGAUGCUAUCUUAGACUCUGGAAAAUACUAUCCUGCUGUGAGGGAGCCAGAGUUGCUGUCUAACUGUAUGCCUAAAAUGGCAUACAGAAUUUCCUCUGGAGAAAGGGUCAUUGAACUCGGCUCUGGAAACAUGCGUAAAACUGCGCUCUUUCUUCGGACUCUAGAAAUGCAACAUAAGCAUGUGGAUUAUUUUGCAUUAGAUGUCAGUCAUUCCUCGCUCCGGUCCAACAUUAGUGAGCUGCAAGGGCUAUUUUCAUGGAACCCGAAAACCAAGAUCCAAGGUCUACUGGGGACAUAUGAGGACUGUAUAUCCUGGCUCCACAGUCAAACCGACCAGAAAAGCCCAGUGACUCUUUUAUGGCUCGGUAACAGCAUUGCCAACUUUACACCCAGCGAAGCAUCAAAUUUGAUUGCACGCUUUUUCUUCGCCGGCGAAGCAACUUCCGUGCCGGUCCAGAUAAUUGUCGGUAUCGACGGCUGUCAAAGGCAAGAUGAGAUUGUCGAGUCUUAUGAAAGUGAUAAGUCCCGUGAUUUCAUUCUGAAUGGGUUGGAUUGUGCAAACAAGCUGCUGGGCAAGAAGACAUUUUUGAUCAAAGACUGGGACUUUUGUGGCCAAUGGGAUGUGAAGAAGUCAAUGCAUGAAAGCUUCUACGUUGCUCGACAUGAUCUUUGCUUAGAUAUUGAGGGAGAACAAUUCCGAAUCAGAUCUGGGGAACGAGUGCAUGCUAUACAAAGUGGGAAGUGGCCACGCGUUAGAGUCGAAAAUAUCUGUUCGGCAGCGAGCACUUUGAUCGCCGAUAGCUGGAGUAACCAAGAUGACUCAUAUGGUGUCUACCUAAUAAAGAAUAAACUGACUUAA